AUAAGGCUGCGCUGGCGCCUCGGCUGCUGCCUCCGUCUGCAGGAAAACGAGAUGUCGGAGACAGGAGGAGGCGCUCGGGCCCGGCGGACAGCGUCUAACGUCGAGGGAACGUCGGUUCUGGAUCUGCAGGUCCGGAUGAGCGCUUUCUCAGGCUGAGCUCUAAAACAUCGGUGGCAGAGGGAUGAGUCCUCUCCGACCGAGCGGCAGCUUCCCGAUCUCGCUCCAUGGAUGUGAGCGGCAGCAACAUGACCCGCGUCACGGCCAACAUCUCCACGUCCGGCCCGCUCUGGGAGGCGGGACUGGCCUCGGCGGCCCCUCAGCUGGCGGCCGGGAACGGAACGGCCGGACCCGGCGGCGGGGCGGUGAGGAUCUCGGACGGGAGCUCGGUCCUCCCGGGCGUCGCUGUGGCGGCUCAGGCUCUCCUCCUGCUGGCCAUCUUUCUGCUCUCCAGCCUGGGCAACUCGGCCGUGGUGAUCGUGAUCAUCAAGCACCGGCAACUCAGGACGGUGACCAACGCCUUCAUCAUGUCGCUCUCGCUGUCGGACUUCCUGACCGCCGUGCUGUGCUUGCCGUUUUCCUUCGUCAUGCUGUUUAGCACGGACGGCGCCUGGAUGUUCGGCGAGAAGUUCUGCAUCGCCAACGGCUUCUUCAACACCUGCUUCGGGAUCAUCUCCACCCUGACCAUGACUCUGAUCUCCUUCGAUCGCUACUACGCCAUCGUCAGGCAGCCGCAGGAGAAGAUCGGCAGGAGGAAGGCCAUCCACUUGCUGGUGGCUGUCUGGCUCUUGGCGGUCGUCUUCUCCUUCCCGUGGUAUCUGUUCUUGCGGACGUCGGAACGUCUCGUGAUCCACAAGCGCGGCUUCUACCACUGCAUGUACGUCUUUCAUUCGGGGACGUCCCGCAUGGGCACGGCCUACAGCGUGUCCCUGAUCGUCGUGUGCUACCUCCUUCCGUUCGCCCUCAUGUGCUUCUGCCACUACAACAUUUGCAAGACGGUGCGUCUGUCGGAGAUCCGCGUGCGCCCGGUCACCACCUACGCCCACCUGCUCCGCUUCUACAGCGAGAUGCGCACGGCCACCACGGUCCUCAUCAUGAUCGUCUUCAUCAUCUUCUGCUGGGGGCCGUACUGCCUGAUGGGCAUCGUCACGGCCGUCGGGAACUACGCCUUCAACCCCGCCAUGGACGCCGUGGCCGCGUGGAUGGCGUGGGCCAACGGCGCCAUCAACCCCCUGAUCUACGCCAUCAGGAACCCCAACAUCUCCAUGCUCCUGGGCCGCAGCCGGGAGGAAGGGUACAGGACUAGAAACGUCGCCGCGUAUUUGUCAGCGCAGACCCGGACGCGGAGGCGCACGCCAUCGCGCUCCCACGCCAUCAGAGAGCGCUACAUGACCGGCGGGCGGGGUAACACUAACAGUCGGGUGUCUUCCUCCAGCCCGGCGAACGGCGGAGAAGUGGCCAUGUGGGCGAGCAAGAACCCGGCGGUGUUUUUCUGUACCGACGCGCAUCCCGAUACCGCCACCGAGCUAACGUACGAGUCCAAACACGACACGGCGAACACCAGUCUCUGAUCCGUCACCGCGCGAGUGCAGAACGAUGCCGUUCGGUUUGAAGGCUGUACCGACUGAUUAUCAAAAACUUUAUAAAGUGCCAACAAGACUCGCGAGGUGUGAACGCAUCACAACACUGUGAACAACAAAACAAAUGUAAACAGUUUUGCCUGUAACGCUGUAGUUUACGAGACC